AUGACUUCAAUGAAUGACUCAAUUCUUGAAAUCCACAAAAAUAUCAUUAAAUCGCCAGAAGAUAAACGUGAAUACAAAGGACUGGUACUCAGGAAUGGCCUAAAAGUCAUAUUAAUCAGUGAUGUGGAGGCAGACAAAUCCGCGGCCUCCCUGUCCCUCAAUGUGGGCUCGAUGUCGGACCCAUGGGAGGUGCAAGGGUUGGCCCACUUAUUAGAGCGCAUGUUAUUCCUAGGCUCUCGUAAAUACCCUGGUGAUAAUGAUUACCACAAAUACAUCUCAAGUAAUGGCGGCUCGGUAAUACAUACCCGGACAACCUCCACAUACACGGCAUAUUUGUUUGAUAUAGCCACUGACUAUCUACCCGGUGCUCUGGACAGAUUCGCGCAGUUCUUCAUUGAGCCGCUGUUCACAGAGAGUGCGAUGGAAAGGGAGAUAAACGCCAUUAACUCGGAGUAUGAGUCCUACAUAACUAACGGACAUUAUAGAGAGGAUUCAGUGGACAGGUGUUUAUCUGACCCGGAUCAUGAUUACAGCAAAUUUCAAAUGGCAAAUAAUGAGUCGUUGAAAGAGAUUCCUUACGCCAAAGGCAUUGAUGUCCGCCAGGAGUUGCUGUCGUUUCACGAGCGCUGGUAUUCAGCAAAUAUCAUGUCUUUAGUCGUUUUGGGCAAAGAAUGUAUACAAGAAUUGCAAGAAUUAGUGAUUCCUAUGUUCUCCGGAAUCCGGAAUAACAGUGCAAUCGCUCCCAAAUGGACUACUAAUCCAUUUUCAGACCCAUACCUACGAAAACAGUGCUUUAUUGUACCGAUUGAUGACAAACAGAGUAUGAAAAUAAUGUUUUCCAUCCCUGAUAUGUCCGCACACUACAGGUCUAAACCGAAAUGGUAUCUAGAUAACUUGAUCGGUCACGAGGGGCCGGGUAGUUUACUAUCGGAGCUGAAAUCCCGCAACUGGUGCACCCAAUUAAGUACAGGUUGUUGUUGCGGCCAAACCCCUGGGUUUGCAUUCUUUUGCAUUAAUGUGGACCUAACUGAACAGGAGAGAGAGAGUCCAAACGAGUCGUUUCAUAACGAGUUGAGACAAACCCAUGAAAUUGAUUUCAGAUUCUAUGAGAUGUGGAGUAAUAUGUAUUUUACAGUCCGGUUGGCAACAAGUCUUCACGAUUAUCCGAUUGACGAGUGUAUGAGUGCUAAGUAUACGAUGGAUGAGUUCAGACCCGAUUUGAUCACUGAUUUACUCAAUCACUUGACUCCGGAUCGCAUGCGAGUGACAGUUGUGUCCAAACAGUUCACCACAAUUGCAGACCAGACAGAGAAGUGGUUCUCAACAAAGUAUACACAACAAGAUAUUCCUCCAGAGAAGAUCCAGAAGUGGCUAAACAUUGGAUUCAAUGACAACUUAGCACUUCCACCGAAGAAUGACUUCAUUCCCUAUGACUUUACUCUUAAGCCAACCGAUGAUAACGUGAAACAAAUGCCACAAAUGAUUAGAAACACAGAGUUUUCUCGUGUUUGGCAUUUGCAGGACAAUCAAUAUCGCACUCCAAAGGCUUUCUAUAAAUUCAAACUAACCAACCCGGCCCUAAAUGACAGCCCUUUUGACCCCAAAAAGUUUGAAGUGUUUAAAGAGAUAUACAUUCGUGAACUCAAGAAUUACCAUGCUAAUUGGCAAAUCACAUUGCUUAUGAAAUAUACCGACGCUAUUACUACUGACAGCUUCUGGACCUAUGAAGAUCUUCUUGAGACAGUAGAUGAUCUGACUGUGGAUAAUGUAUCAGCACUGGUAUCCCAACUACUGUCCCGUUUCCAUAUCGAGGCCUUCAUUCACGGAAACAUCGACUCGAGUGAAGCCAUAGAUGUUUGCGAUGUGUUUGAGUCGCGAUUCAAGUCAGCCCUCAAUACCAAACCCAUACCACUGUCGCAACACUUCCGCAAUCGUUCGCGAUUCAAGUCAGCCCUCAAUACCAAACCCAUACCUCUAUCGCAACACUUCCGCAAUCGUGUCGUCCAAUUGCCCGACGGAUCCGACCAUUACUUUGAGGCCACGAAUACCUUUCAUAAGACACAUGCGAUUCGUCUCUACUUUCAGAUCGGAGUCUCGGAUACCAUAAUAAACGCAAAGAUUAGACUUUUAAGACAAAUACUGAAACAGCCGUUUUUUGACAAUUUAAUGACUAAACAGCAGUUGGGGUCCCUUAGGGUCGACACCUCAACCAGUAAUGGAGUAGUGGGCAUGACUUUCACCAUUGAAUCCGAUUAUAAACCCAAAGAACUGAAUGAGAGAAUCGAGGCUUUCAUACAAUGGGUUCAUAAAUACAUUGAAGACAUGAGUGAUAAGGACUUUGAGACACAGAGACAGUCAGUCAUUACACGAAGACUCGAGAAACCGAAGAAUCUGAUCGACAACUCGUAUAGACUUUGGUCUGAGAUAUCGUCCAAAGAGUAUGACUUCAAUAGGGAUGAGAUUGAAGUGAAAGCCAUCAAAGAGUUGACAAAACAGGAUAUCAUUGCCUUCUUUGAGAGACAUCUCUCCCACUCGUCAACCAAUCGUAAGAAACUGACGGUCAGUAUAAUCAGUGAAAACCCAAUCAAUGAAAAGCAUUUGAAUGAAGUGAAUGCGGAUCUAAUGCCGGCCCCAAAACUAUCGGAAUCAAUAAGAAUUGAAAACAUAACACAAUUUAAGACACAUUUGGGUCUCUAUUCUGUACGCAAACCAGUAGUCGAUGUCUACGCUAAUAACACCACAAGUCAUACACUGAUCACACAAUCGCACCAAUAAUUCACAUUAAACUAGUUUUUACAACAUAUCCCAUACCUGUCUUACAAAUUAUAUUCAAUACUACAGCAUAGAAAUUAGACAUGCAUGCACUAAAACUAAAAUUGUGACCAGGGUAGACAUUUUCUGAGUAUAUUAUGAAUCGCAC